AUGAAAAUUUCGCUCAACAACCCUUUCUUGUUUUUGCUCUUGAUAUUUCUUUCCUCCACUUUCACAAUUGGCGACUUAAUCAAUGAGAUUUGCCAACAAACCAUUGAUCCUUCUUUAUGUUCCAACUCUUUUCAUUCAGACCCUCGAUCAACCAAUGCAAGUCUUAUAACCCUUGGCCACAUCUCCAUUAAGAACGCCCAAAAGAGCGCUAAAGCUGUCAGAAAACUUAUACAUUCCGUCUCAUAUUCUGGUAACUACACAGAAUGCAUAUCACUCUAUGAAGAUGCCAUUGCCAACCUAAAUAAAUGCAAGAAAGCUCUUAAAGCACAUGACUAUGGAGAACUGAAUACAUUUGUAUCUGGUGCUAUGACAGAUGCUAGCAUGUGUGAUGGUAGCUUCGGUAGAGGUGUGCAAGGGCCACCCCAACUCAAGUUUGCUAGCAUAAAGUUACAAGGUUUAUGCAAUAUAAUAUUAGUCAUUUCAAAUAAUUUAUCAGGAAUCAAUAUGUCUGUUUGA